AUGGCAAAGAUAUAUCCUUCUUCCUCUUCUUCUAACCAUAAAAAUUCAAUGAAAGAACUGUAUACUAUAUGGAUGAAGUCCCUAAUUUUGAAUGAAAAUGGCUGCACAAUAUAUGACUCCAUGGAAAACUUGGUUUAUUGUGUCGACAACUAUGAUUCCAAGUGUAGAUGUGAAGUCUACGUCAUGGAUCAAAGCGGCCGAGUACUGCUAAAGCUGCUCAGAAAGGUGGUUGAAUUGCCCGAAAAAUCAUCAUACAAGAUGAUAGACCUUGCAAGCAAUAUAGUAGCAGAGGUGAAUAGGAAGCAAACAAGCAGUGGAGUUAUAUUAGAUGACGAUGUAUUAACUCUUAAGGUAGAGCCAAACAUAAACCAAUCCCUUAUCAAGGGAUUGGUGGUUGUGCAAGGUUUGAUUAACCAUAGAAUGUAAAGCCUAGCUAGUCCUUAGUUUUGCUAGUGAAAA